AUGGACAGCCGUCGGAACGAGGUGCUCGCAGUGGCGACAUUGUUUUUCUUUCUUUCGUGGCUGACAGUCAGUCUACGAUUCUAUGUGCGUGGAAAAUUGAUGCAUACUUGGGGUUUGGAUGAUACCGAGUCUAACAACUCACAGUUCUGGUACCUGUGCGAGCUGCUUUACAUUCUUGCCAAUUGUGCCCUCAAAUUCUCGAUCGGCUACUUCUAUCUUCGUGUCGCUGUACAACGCUGGCAUGUUUGGACUAUCAAGAUGUUAAUGGGUGGCACUAUCCUAUUCUCAAUCGUCUACUUCUUCCUGGUCACGUUCCAGUGUAUUCCUGUCUCUGAGUUCUGGAACAACCACCCUGCAUCUGACAAAUGCUUGUCAGCAGGACCUACGAAGGGCAUCACUUACGCCCUUGCAGCCGUGAACGCCGCCGCCGAUUGGGUUCUUGGAACUCUUCCAUUUUUCAUCGUCUGGGAUUUGCAGAUGAAGCUGAAGACGAAAGCGCUCGUUGCUGGUAUCUUGGCCUUCGCUGCCAUUGGCAGCACCGCGACCAUCGUUCGCAUGUUCUACAUACACACUCUCAUGGAUGGGUCUGACUUCUUGUAUGCGACUACCGACGUCGCUAUCUGGAGUACAGUUGAGCCUGGCAUCGGUAUUACUGCCAGCAGUAUUGCGACUCUGCGACCGCUUGUCCGUCAUUGUCUGUGGCGUAUAGGCCUUGCAUCUGCUUCCAGUAACAGUCAUACAUACUAUCCUUCAAUCAGCGAACAGAAUCGGAAGGAUCGCCGCGGUUACAGGCGAAGCCUUAGCCCGUGCGACCUGGUGCCUACCCAGCGUAGCAGAAUCACCUCGACAAAGAUACAUGGACCGAAACCGUCGACUGUACAAUCCACGAACCAUGAAGGAAUGAUCACGCUUCCAUCGAUUGUUGUUGAAGAGGAAGAUUACAGGGAUCAUAUACAAAUGCCGGACGGUCACAUCCUGCAAACCACUACCGUGCAGCACGACUAUGAACCCGCACCACGAUUACAUCUACGAGACAGUCUUAAAAAUAGCUUCACUAGGGGAAGCAUCCUCAGCCUUGGAAGAAACCGAGAAUCAUAACGCAUAAUGCCACUUUCAUUUCGUCCAAUCAGCGCCUUACCCUAACAAAUAGUUAGGGUAACGAAAUGGUGACUGCAAACCCUGCCUGGCCUUCAAAUCAUUAGCUUUGCCUGUCGGUAAUCACUUUCGCUCCACUUCUUCAGCACCCGAGAUUCUGGUGUUUCUGGCUCUCAGUCGACUUU